AUGAUUGCGAAAUCUUUCGGAGCCAUUUCAGCUUUCUUCAGCGUUUUCAUUAUCGUCAUCAUCAUCAUCAUCAUCAUCAUCAUCAUCAUCAUCAUCAUCAUCAUCAUCAUCAUCAUCAUCAUCAUCAUCAUCAUCAUCAUCAUCAUCAUCAUCAUCAUCAUCAUCAUCAUCAUCAUCAUCAUCAUCAUCAUCAUCAUCAUCAUGUGGUUUUGA